UCAGUCGCAUUCCCCUAAACCCCGGCUGUUAGUGCUGUGUGAAUGCGCGUGUGCUCCUGAGCUUGCUCGGCACACAUUCUAUAAAAAAUUAAAAAAAUAAAAAAAAGUUAAAAACCGUAAAAACGUAAAAAAUCUAUUUUUCUCUUUGUAAUAAAAUCGGUGAAGCAGGAGCAACCAUUCAAAGACUGGACGGUACCAGAAGAGACGGAACUUAACGACAUUUUAAACCGACGAGAGUCGCUAGCACAAAGCUAACGCAACUGAUUACCAUCUGCUCAGGGGAAGCAAGCAAGGCCGACAACUUUUGUUUUCGUUUAAUUUCAGUUUUAGAUAUUUGGACCGUUACUACGUAUUUUAAUAGCCCAAACAGAACGAAUUUCAUCUUCACCGAUUUAGCUAAGUAACUUCGGUCUUCAUCCUAAACAUUUUAACCUCCUGUUAGCUUGCUGACAAAUUCCACACCGGCCCGAGCUAAAUUGCUAACGACGUAACAGACCUUUUGGAAUACAGAACGCAUUUUUUUUUCAGUUAAACUCUUCGUAGCUAUUUGUUCCGUUGAUAGGUUAGCUAGAUAACGUUUCAAACCCGAAACAAAAAUGAACCCGAGUGCUCCUAGUUACCCGAUGGCAUCUCUGUAUGUUGGGGACCUGCAUCAAGACGUGACCGAGGCCAUGCUGUACGAGAAGUUUAGCCCCGCAGGGGCUAUCUUGUCCAUCCGUGUAUGCAGAGACAUGAUCACUAGGCGUUCGCUUGGAUACGCCUAUGUAAACUUUCAGCAGCCAGCAGACGCUGAGCGUGCGCUAGAUACAAUGAAUUUUGACGUGAUCAAGGGUCGCCCGGUCCGUAUCAUGUGGUCCCAGCGUGACCCUUCCCUGCGCAAAAGUGGCGUCGGAAACAUCUUCAUUAAGAACUUGGAUAAGUCUAUUGACAAUAAGGCCCUAUACGACACCUUCUCCGCCUUUGGCAACAUCCUCUCUUGCAAGGUGGUGUGUGAUGAGAAUGGCUCAAAGGGCUACGGCUUUGUGCACUUUGAGACUCAGGAGGCGGCGGAGAGGGCCAUUGAGAAAAUGAACGGCAUGUUGCUCAAUGACCGAAAAGUUUUCGUCGGUCGCUUCAAGUCCCGCAAAGAGCGCGAGGCUGAGCUGGGCGCCCGCGCCAAGGAGUUCACAAACGUCUACAUCAAGAACUUUGGGGAGGAUAUGGACGAGGAGAAGCUGAGGGACGUGUUCAGUCAAUAUGGCAACGCCAUGAGUAUCCGAGUCAUGACGGAUGACAGUGGAAAGUCACGAGGAUUUGGCUUCGUCAGCUUCGAGCACCACGAGGAUGCCCAGAAGGCCGUAGACGAGAUGAACGGGAAGGAGUUUAACGGCAAGCUGAUCUACGUGGGCCGCGCCCAGAAGAAGAUGGAGCGCCAGACUGAACUGAAGCGCAAGUUUGAGCAGAUGAAACAGGACCGCAUGACGCGCUACCAGGGGGUUAACCUCUACGUCAAGAACCUCGACGACGGCCUUGAUGAUGAGCGCCUCCGCAAGGAGUUCACCCCCUUCGGGACGAUCACCAGCGCCAAAGUCAUGAUGGAGGGCGGCCGCAGCAAAGGCUUUGGCUUUGUGUGCUUCUCCUCCCCGGAGGAGGCCACCAAGGCGGUGACUGAAAUGAACGGCCGCAUCGUGGCCACCAAGCCCCUCUACGUGGCGCUGGCCCAGCGCAAGGAAGAGCGGCAAGCACACCUCACCAAUCAGUACAUGCAGCGGAUGGCCAGCGUUCGCGCCGUGCCCAACCCAGUGAUAAACCCCUACCAGCCUGCUCCUCCCUCUGGGUACUUCAUGGCUGCCAUCCCCCAGGCUCAGAAUCGGGCUGCGUACUAUCCUACAGGCCAGAUGGCUCAGCUGAGACCCAGCCCGCGCUGGGCCACCCAAGGUGUCCGUCCUCAGCACUUCCAGAACAUGCCUGGUGCCAUGCGUCCCAACGUCCCCCGUCCCCAGACCUUCGGCUCCAUGAGACCAACCUCCCAGGUGCCCCGCAUGAUGUCUGCCCAGCGCCUUCCUGCCCAGGCCAUGGGACCUCGUCCCAUCAACGCAGCGGCGGCUGCCUCUGCGCCCGUGCGUGGCGUGCCCCAGUACAAGUAUGCCCCGGGAGUCCGCAAUCCCCAGCAGCACAUGAACCCCCAGCCUCAGGUGGCUAUGCAGCAGCCUGCUGUCCACGUCCAGGGCCAGGAGCCUCUGACUGCCUCUAUGCUCGCUGCUGCCCCACCACAGGAGCAGAAGCAGAUGCUGGGUGAGCGUUUGUUCCCUCUGAUCCAGAACAUGCAUCCCAGCCUGGCCGGUAAGAUAACAGGAAUGCUUCUGGAGAUCGACAACUCGGAGCUUCUCCACAUGCUGGAGUCCCCGGAAUCUCUGCGCUCAAAGGUUGAUGAGGCGGUGGCUGUGCUCCAAGCCCACCAGGCCAAGGAGACAGCUCAAAAGACUGUGCCCAACUCUGCUGGAGUCCCAAGUGUUUAAGAUGGGGAAUGUGCAACGUUUUACUCGUGCUUCACCGAUGGAAAAAAAUUAAACAUUGAAAAAAGCUAAAACACACAAAACAAUGCAAAAAGAAAUAAAAUGACACGUUAAAAAAGAAAGAACUAGGUUAAGGCCAGGCCUAGAGAAGAUGAGACUAGGUCUUGUUUAUAAAUGAAAAAGGAUAAGGAAAAAAAGAGAAAAAUCUUGAAAAUAAAAAAUGGUUUAGUCUGGGGUUUUAAUUAUUCCUCUUGGAAUUUACUGAAAGCAUUCCUUUCUGGCAUUUUAUUCAUUUUAAAUGU